AUGGAUACUGGCUCGGGGGCAGGAAGUAGGAGUCUGCAGAGCUCAUGGGUAGUGGUAUCUGUGCUAACUCCUGAAUGCUACGAAAGACAAGAUGAAGAAGCAGUUCAAUCGGAUGCGCCAGCUUGCCAACCAGACGGUGGGCAGGUAGAAAAGCGCUUGGAGCUGGUGAAACAAGUAUCCCAUAGCACUCACAAGAAGCUGACUGCAUGUCUUCAAGGACAACAAGGGGUAGAAGCUGACAAACGAUCAAAAAAGUUACCUUUGACAGCACUGGCUCAGUGUUUAAUGGAAGGAUCAGCUAUCUUAGGGGAUGAAACGCUCCUUGGGAAUAUGCUGAAAUUAUGUGGUGAAACAGAGGACAAACUAGCCCAGGAACUUAUCCAUUUUGAAUUACAAGUAGAGAGGGAUGUGAUUGAGCCACUGUUUGUACUGGCAGAGGUGGAAAUUCCAAAUAUUCAAAAGCAAAGGAAACAUUUAGCAAAGUUAGUGCUGGACAUGGAUUCUUCCCGAACAAGGUGGCAGCAGACCUCCAAAUCUUCAGGUUCAUCCAGCAACUUGCAGCCAACAGGUGCCAAAGCUGAUGCCCUGAGGGAAGAAAUGGAGGAGGCUGCAAACCGAGUAGAAAUAUGCAGGGACCAGCUCUCAGCUGAUAUGUACAAUUUUGUGGCCAAAGAAAUUGAUUACGCAAACUACUUUCAAAUGUUGAUAGAAGUCCAAGCAGAAUACCAUAGGAAGUCAUUAACACUAUUGCAGAAUGUUUUGCCUCAGAUAAAAGCACAACAGGAGGCAUGGGUAGAGAAACCAUCCUUUGGGAAGCCCUUAGAGGAACACCUUGCAGUCAGUGGAAGGGAAAUUGCAUUCCCUAUUGAAGCAUGUGUGACCAUGCUACUUGAAUGUGGAAUGCAAGAGGAGGGCCUUUUUAGAGUGGCUCCCUCUGCUUCCAAACUGAAAAAGCUGAAAGCUGCUCUGGACUGCUGCGUACUGGAUGUGCAGGAAUACUCAGCUGACCCUCACGCCAUUGCAGGAGCUCUAAAGUCUUAUCUCAGAGAGUUGCCAGAACCUCUCAUGACCUUUGAACUCUAUGAAGAGUGGAUUCAGGCAUCCAACAUCCAAGAUCAAGAUAAGAUGCUUCAGGCCCUAUGGAAUACAUGUGAAAAACUUCCAAAGGCCAAUCACAACAACAUCAGAUACUUGAUCAAAUUUUUAGCUAAAUUGUCAGAAUUUCAAGACACAAAUAAGAUGACCCCCAGUAACAUGGCUAUUGUACUAGGACCCAACUUGUUGUGGCCACAAGCAGAUGGGAAUAUUACUGAGAUGAUGACCACAGUUUCUCUGCAGAUCGUUGGAAUCAUUGAACCUAUCAUCCAACAUGCUGACUGGUUCUUCCCUGGGGACAUAGAGUUCAAUGUGACAGGUAAUUACGGGAGCCCUAUACAUGUGAACCACAAUGCCAAUUACAGCUCAGUACCAUCUCCUGAUAUGGACCCUGCUGAUCAGCGACAGCCUGAGCCAGCCCGACGGCCCCUCAGUGUGGCUACUGAUAAUAUGAUGUUGGAGUUUUAUAAAAAGGAUGGCCUUAGGAAAAUCCAAAGCAUGGGUGUGCGGGUUAUGGAUACAUCCUGGGUGGCCCGAAGAGGUUCCUCUGUCACCCGAAAAUCAUCCUGUACCCCACCAACUGUGCAGCCUCCUGCUCCACCUUCUGAUCUUGCUGUUCCACCUCAAUCACCAUUUCCUGAGGAGUCACUUGACAUUUCAACAACUUCUUCCCAUCCUCCAUCUAACUUUGGCUCCCAGACUGUGGUUGAGCAGACUAGCACUUUACAAAGCAAGGAGCUUUCUCCAGGGUCUGGACAAAAGGAGAGUCGAAGUUCCAGUCAUGGAAUCCUCUGUGUCAGUACACAGCAGAUGACUACUCUCAGCCAGCUAGCCACAGAUCAGAGUCCUCACACACUCCGGAAAGUUUCAAAGAAGUUGGCACCAAUACCACCCAAGGUCACCUUUGGUCAAUUAGGUGGUAUGACUGACCAGUCUGCUGGCCAGCCAUCCCCAGUCAGCCUGUCUCCUACUCCACCAAGUACCCCUUCUCCCUAUGGACUGAAUUACCCUCAAGGUUACUUAUUGGUUUCAGGCCAGCUUUCCCCUGCUACAACACUCUCCCUGUCUUCUUCUGUCAUCACAAGCACUUUAACCAAAUCUCGGCCCACUCCUAAACCCCGACAGAGGCCCACACUGCCACCUCCACAGCCUCCUACAGUAAACACCUCUGGCUCUGGUUCACAGACUAUGGACCACUUGGUGAUAGAUGGCAUGUCCUCUGGGGAAAGCAUGUCUACAGAUCAUGUCCACUUUGAUAUCCCUUCUAUCCACGUAGAGCUUGGUUCUUCAUUCCACCCGGGUCUCCUGGAGCACAUGACAAGACAUUCAGGGACUGAGAAAAGAGACUCAGAGGAAGAGUCAGAAAGCACUGCCCUUUGACACUGCAGAUCCUCAUCUGACACUCUUGUACAUACAUAUGCCCCCAGAAACACUUCAAGGAUGUAUGUUCAUUGUUCUUGCUAAGCAUUCUUCAUUAGCACUUAACUUUUUCACCACCAACAUGAAGUUGGACUUUAAAAGAAGCUCUCCCAUCUAUGGCAAGUGUUGAUGGUACAGUGGGUUUUUUUUUAUUUGAUGCUUAGUUUAUCCUUCUCAAUUGCCAUUUGACUUGGUAUCUAGGUGAAUUUCUAUCUUCAGCCCUGUGUGGAGUAACAUCUGAUUUCUCUCCAUCCAAAUACGGCUUGUGUAACAAGCUCUUUAUUUUUCUAAGAGAUGAGUUGUAAAAACUUCCCUCCCCGCCAUUCAAAUACAGUUCUAUUUCAGUCUGUGAAAUCCUGCCUGCCCUACUCUUCUCAAAUAUAAAGAAUUCCUAGUCCAUAGAAAGUUGUAAGGUCUUUAGAUUUUCUUUUAAUGAUCUCAUAAUGACUUGAUUAUACCAGCUUGCAUGGCCUAAGUCCUUGUAACCAUAUGGUUUAGAAAGUAUGCUCAUAAUCAUCAACCUGUGGAUCUUUCCUUAUUCAAAAGUAACAACUGAAUAGCAAUAAUUUUAUAUCCUGAUAUGUGGAAGUGAGACUGGUCUCAAAUGUAGUAAGCGAAUGCUAUUGCAUAUCUGAUCAUUCCAAACAUUCGAUUACAUCAGUGAUGAGAAGGAGAGAUGAAGAAAAGGGCAUGUGAACACUAACUCAAGAGAUCAUUGCA